CACACCAAUAUACUACAAAUUCUAGGCAAACGUAACAUUAAUGAAUGUUAUAUGCAUUCACACCACAAGUUGAUAACAAUUUAAUUUCUAUCCCUUAUAAAUAUAUAUAUCAUCAUAAGCUAAUUAAGUACACAUACAUAUUUACAAUUCUGCCAUCCUCAUUUAUUUUCUCUGCAAAAUAGAAACAAUGCAAACAGUUAUGCCAACAAAGCCAACGGAGACAAGAAAACCCUUGAGAAUUAAUAAUCUCCCCCCGCAAAACAUGAAUAUGAAUAUUCUACAGAGACGUCUCCACAUUCUUCUCUGCUACACAAAAGCUUCCGAAGAAGAUUCUGGCUGGAUUCUUGCCGGGCGCAUGAAGGAGUCGCUCGGUAAAGCUCUCGAAGAAGAGCCCAUCCUCGCCGGAAGGCUGCGGCGGCAGUCCGAAGAAGAAGGCGGCGGAGAUUUUGAGAUUGUUCCGAAUGAUGCCGGAGUUCGAAUGGUGGAGGUGAGAGCUGAUCAUGUGAAGUUGGCUGAGUUUGUUGGUGAGUUGAAGGCUAAUAAGAGAGAAGCUAAUGAUCUUGUGUUUUGGGAGGAUAUUGUGGAGCACAACCCUCAGUUUUCACCACUGUUCUAUAUCCAGGUGACAAACUUCACUUUUGGGGGAUAUUCAAUUGGAAUCACUUCGAGCCUUCUUCUUGUGGAUCCUUUUACCUUUUCAAAUUUCCUUAAAAAAUGGUCCAAAGUUCACAAAACCAUAUUUUCAAGAACUAAUAUCCCCAAAAUUCCCUAUUUUUACUUUCCUAAUUAUGUAUCAUCUCCUAAUGAUUAUCGACUAAUUGCGGGCUCUAAUUAUAAGGCAUGCAAAAAUAAUACUACUACUUACGUAGCUGCUCAAAGUGUAAUUCUCACAGUUCCGAAAAAUAUUCUUCGCAAUAAUCACAAGAAUCUUGCUGCUUUAUGCAUCGAAGAGGCGGAACGAAAAACGGGCUCGAAAAUGGCAUCGAGCUUGUCGUUGUUGCUACACAAGUUGCCUUGUGAAGAGGAGGAUGCUUAUAAUAAAGUUGAAAUGUGUUCAAGAAAAGGGCUUUUCGAUGGUUUAUUAGUAUCGGAAAACAAGAUUAGUGGAGUAAUCAUCACUAGUUGUGCAAUUAGAACAUGGGAUGAACUCGGAUUGGACAGUUUGUGUUUCGACGAAGGAAAUAAAGCUGAUUAUGUUUCUUGCUGGAUUAGUUCGUCAUCGGCGGUUAGUGACGAAGGCUCCGUCAUGAUUAUUAAUCCUUCGAGUGAUGACACCGACACUUUUGGAAUCAAAGUUGUGGUCACAUUCGAUUAAAAGUACGCUUGGUUUUUUUUUUAAUAAAUCUAGAUCAUAUAUUGCGUUGCACUGAUGGUCGACACACGUAACUUUUCGGGAUUGAGAUUUAGUUACACGUCGUGCAAAAUCGAUGCAUUGGAAUAUAAUUUGCAUCAAUAUCAUAUUUUCCCUAGUUUAACUAGCUAGCUAGUUAGCUCGGCUUUAUUGGUUUGUUUUUUUUUUUUUUUUAUCUUUAGACAAUUAUUUUCUUCUAAUAAAGAUCUUGUGCUAUUGCAUUAUAUAUAUGUAGCAUUUAUUCUUGUUAUUAAGAGCAUCUUCAGCCUUCUAUUAUUUGGAGUUUUGGAUCUGUAUAAGCUAUAUUUUAACUUUGUUUUUUUAGGGCUA